CCUCCCCUCCCCCUCCAUUAUGCUUUGUAGUCCUUUUACAGGACGAAUUUUGAUCACUGCUUGUUACUCUAUCUCUUCUCCUUCUCCUUCCAACUUCUCUCCCUCCCCCUCUACUCAUUCAGAUUUGUUCUACUCGUCUCAACCAGAACUAAUCAUUGCUCUCCUUCCCCCCGCGAGUUCCAGCUGAUUGUCCUAUCUCCGACGAAUCUUUUGUCCUCCCCCGCACCGUGGUUCCCGAAGAAUAAAAAAAAAAGAUGUCUCCCUGAGCACGAAAAAGAGCUCCCCCCGUGAUUCCCUUUUCGUCGACGUCAUCGGGUCAUUGAUCGCUUUCCCGGCCGAACUAUAUGCUCCCCCCCAUCGAAACUUCUUUCCUAAUCCCCUUUGUAUCCUUACCACGCCUUUUGGAUCUUCUACCAACCAUUUCACAAUGCGCCGUCAUGGCAGGGCCAGCGGGGGUUCGACCAAGGCCGUCACACCUAUCUCCGAAACCGCAUCCCUGCUACAUUCGUUUGAUUCGGUGACCAAUCCCAAUCGUCCUGUGCGUCCGUCGCCGUUGACCUCUUCGAACAUCCGAGCGUUGCCGCUAGACCUUGUCGAUCGAUUGCGCUCCUUCCCUCUCUUCCAUACAACCCCGGAAUCAUUUUUGAUCGAUGUCGGCCAACAUCUUCGCCCCCAGCUCCACCAAGCCAAUGACUACAUUCUGACAGAAGGUGACGAAUCCAAGGCGAUCUACUGGUUGGUUCGCGGUGCAGUCUCGGUAACUUCUCGCGAUGGCGAGAGUGUGUAUGCAGAACUCGAGGCUGGUGCAUUCUUCGGUGAGAUUGGCGUCUUGAUGGACCGUCCCCGCACGGCAACCAUUGUCGCUCGCACCAGGUGCUUGCUGGUCGUUUUGACCAAGGAGGAUUUCAGGCAAAUCCUUCCCCGCUUUCCUGAAGUGGAGCGGGCCAUCAGAGACGAAGCACAAGAGAGACUGAUGAUCUUGGAGAAAAAGAAGAAGGAAACAUCUGCUCCGGUUAUCGAGCCUGGAAGCCCGGCUAGAAGAGGAUCGAAGAGAGUGAGAGACACGUUUUCUGGAGAUCUCAACCCCAGCGAGCAGGAUGGCAGGUCAUUGGCGUCCGUUAGCAAAAAGCGGAAAUCACCCAGCCCUGGUUUGGCUGACGGAUCUUCCAGUGCGCUGGCGAACGGACUGGUCAAUGUCCGACUUCUUCUCAAGGAACUACCCUUAUUUGCCGGCCUGCCGCCAGAUAUUCUCCACUUCCUGGGCCUCAAUGUGCAACCCCGAUCUUACCCUCCAUUUACCGACAUAAUCAAACAAGAUUCUCAAGGACGCGAGAUAUACUUCAUUGUUCGCGGAGAAGUCGAGGUCCUCUCGGAGAGGGCAGAAGCACAGCAUACGCAGUCCUUACCGAAGACUAUCGAACACCCUGGCUUCGAAGUAAAAGCACGGUUGAAACAAGGUCAGUAUUUUGGAGAGGUCGUAAGUCUGUCGCUAGCACCUCGAAGGACUGCUACAGUCCGAUCUAUCAGUGCGGUAGAAUGUUUGAUGAUCAGCGGCGAAGUGCUGGCUGAGUUUUGGGAGAGAUGCCCUCAGAAGGUCCGCCAGCAGGUAGAGCAAACUGCUAAAGAGCGGCUUCAAUCAGCUUCUGAUGGCGAUGUUGUGAUGUCAGAUGAGGGAAGCACUGAGCCUUAUGGUAAUCAUAUGGAUGUUGAUGACAACUUCAAAUUAAGGGCGUCUCGGAGGCAGUCCAUGCCCCUUCUCACACUGACAGAAACGGAGUUGGAUAGCACACCGAGACCCAACGGUGUAGAUGAGCAGGCUCUCUUGCGUCCAUCAGAUCCAGACCCAUUUUUGAACGUUGGCUUGGAUAAAGUCCGCCUUCGAAGUCGACGCGGAUCGGUUGCCCCAAUGACCCCGGAGGAAGCCUCCGGAGAGCAGCAGCGGCCGUCAACUCCAUCUUCUGAGCCACGGUCCACAAGCUCAUCCUUUCUCACGUUACCUGGCACGCCUAGACUUUCUACGUCCCAGGAAAGCACCCGUGCCCCCCGCCAGGACAAUCAUGGAGUGUUCCCUGACAAGAUCCUCACGAAAAUCUUUCAGCACAUGGAGCUUCAUGAUCUGCUACGCCUCCGAGCCGUUUCGAUGCACUGGUCCAAGCUUCUGAGUACAUCCGCUGAUCUACUCCACAAUCUUGACUUGAGCGUAUACAACCGGUGCAUCACCGAUGAUGUCCUAACGAAGAUAAUCUGCCCCUUUGUGGGCAGCAGAGCUCGCCACGUCAACAUCAGUAAUUGCUUCCAUAUCACCGACGAGGGAUUUAGCAGAUUGGUUGCUGCAUGUGGUUCCAACGUUAUUGGCUGGAAGAUGAAAAGUGUGUGGGAUGUCACGGGAUCGGCCAUCCUUGACAUGGCCAGCAGAGCAACCGGCUUGCAAGAGGUUGAUCUUAGUAACUGUCGAAAAGUUGGAGACACCCUAUUGGCGCGGAUCAUAGGAUGGGUUGUACCCAGUCAUUAUAAGCCCAACGAGGAGCCUGCGAAAUCUGGCAAAGGCUCCUUGAAACCUACCAAGCAAACAGCAGCCGGUACUGUGUACGGCUGUCCCGAACUCAAGAAAUUAACCUUAUCCUACUGCAAACAUGUCACCGACCGCUCUAUGCAUCACAUUGCGUCACAUGCUGCCUCCAGGAUCGAGGAGAUGGACCUCACUCGCUGCACGACAAUCACAGAUCAAGGUUUUCAAUAUUGGGGAAACGCACAGUUUACCAACUUGAGGAGAUUGUGUCUAGCCGACUGCACAUACUUGACUGACAAUGCUAUUGUCUAUCUCACGAAUGCCGCCAAACAACUUCAGGAACUGGAUUUGUCCUUCUGCUGUGCAUUGUCAGAUACUGCGACAGAGGUACUUGCUCUACAGUGCUCCAAUUUAACCUAUCUCAAUAUGUCCUUCUGCGGCUCUGCCAUCUCCGACCCUUCCCUGCGCAGUAUUGGCCUGCACCUUUUGCAUCUUAAGCGGCUCUCAGUUCGUGGCUGCGUGCGGGUCACUGGUGCUGGUGUUGAGGCUGUGGCGGAGGGCUGCGAUAAGUUAGAGUCCUUCGACGUCAGCCAAUGCAAGAAUCUCACGCCAUGGCUUGAAGCCGGAGGUGUUUCCAAAUAUGCCAAACGAAUUAGCUUUGAGACUGUCGCUAUCGACGGGAAAGUUUUCCGCUGA